UAACCAGUUGCCUCUCAUGCGUAAUUUCCAACCGAACAUGGCCAAACCUUAUAAUCCUGGACACACGUGAUCAACAAAUCAGCUCAGUUGCAAUAUUUGUCAGGGGGGAUAAACGAAGCCUCUCUCGCUAUCCCUAAAAAAAAAAAUCACUUAGUGUCCCAUCACUGCUAGCAUCCGUAUUAGCCUUCAUUCUGACAAUCUCUCUAUUCGUGUUUUGCGUAUCCAGUGUCCGGGGCAUCCAUUCACGUACCUCCCUACUUGCUCUACUCUCACUGGUUUGGAGACGCGCCGGAGGGGAGGACACAGAACGAAGAGCGAGGUCUGUUUGAUGUAAUUGAAGUGUGUUUUUCUCCGUUCGGAUUUGUACACUCGCCAUCCGCUGUGACUGUCUGUUGCAUGUGCGUGCCUCGCCAGUUGAUAGUAGAUCCGCUGUUUGGCUACCACUCACUCCUCCACCGCUGUCAAAGAACAAAAACAAGGGAGCAACAAAUGUCGAAGAGACGCAAAAGUCCUGAUGAUGAAGAGGAGGCUAUCGAGUACAUCGGAAAAGACUUCCCGCGUGCGGGUUGUAGCAGUGAUCAAGGUCUGACGGAUGACCAAGUGAAGGAUUAUUUAACCCUUCACCCUCAGACGCUGGAUGAGUUUGUAUCGGAGAGCGUGAGUUCAGAGACGCUGGACAGAUGGCACAAGAGGAAGAGCAGUGGUAGCCUGCCUGCAGACACGUCAUCAUCAUCAUCAGCUAAAGAAGGCAGCAGGUACCAGGACAGUAACAUGCAGAAGUUGGUGCAUGACCUCACCAGUUGUCUGGAACAGCAUCUGGACACUAAGCUGCUUCUCUAUGACCUGUGUACCAUCAUCAAAACAGCCACGAAAGCAGAUGGAUUUGCCCUUUAUUUCAUGGGAGAAUGUAACAAUAGUGUGUGUUUGUUUAAACCAACGUUGGCUGAGGACGGUCCUCCCACCCUCAUCCCAGCUGCCCCGGUCACGUUUGGGACCACCAUCGCCACACACGUGGCCACAACACGCCAAACUCUACUAGUAAAGGACAUCACAGGGGACCAGCGUUUCCCAGAAGGCACAGGUCAGGACUCAGACUCAGGGAUUCAUGUUCAUUCUGUCCUGUGCCUCCCCAUCCUCACGGCCAUCGGUGACCUCAUAGCUAUCCUGGAGCUGCAUCGGUACUGGGGCAACGAGCCCUUCAAUACCAGCAACCAGGAGGUUGCGACGGCGUGUUUAGCAUGGGCAUCUGUAGCUAUUCACCAAGUACAGGUGUGCAGAGGCCUAGCCAAACAGACGGAGCUCAAUGACUUCCUGCUAGAAGUGUCAAAAACGUACUUUGACAACAUUGUGGCAAUAGAUUCUCUACUUGAACACAUAAUGAUAUAUGCAAAAAACCUGGUGAAUGCGGACAGAUGUGCCCUGUUCCAGGUGGACCACAAUAACAAAGAACUGUACUCAGACCUGUUCGACAUCGGGGAGGAGAACGAGGGCAAACCUGUCUUCAGGAAAACCAAAGAGAUUAGGUUUUCUAUAGAGAAAGGUAUAGCGGGCCAAGUGGCACGGACGGGGGAGGUCCUGAACAUCCCAGACGCCUAUGCAGACCCACGCUUUAAUAGAGAGGUGGACCUCUAUACGGGAUACACCACGCGGAACAUCCUAUGCAUGCCCAUCGUUUCCAGGGGACCUGAUAGGGUCGUACAGAUGGUUAACAAGCUGAGUGGAAGUGCCUUCACCAAAACAGACGAGAACAACUUCAAGAUGUUCGCCGUCUUCUGUGCUCUAGCCUUACACUGUGCCAACAUGUACCACCGGAUCAGGCACUCUGAGUGUAUCUACAGGGUAACCAUGGAGAAGUUGUCCUAUCACAGUAUCUGUACUUCAGAGGAGUGGAAGACCCUCACACAGCUGGACCUUCCUACACCCCUAUACAAAGAGAUAGAACUGUUUCAUUUUGACAUUAGUCAGUUUGAGGAGCUGUGGCCGGCUGUCUUUGUAUACAUGGUCCACAACUCAUGUGGAGAGACCAGUUUUGAGUUGGAGAAGUUGUGCAGGUUCACAAUGUCUGUGAGGAAGAAUUAUCGGCGUGUUCCCUACCACAACUGGAAACAUGCGGUGAACGUGGCUCACUGUAUGUACGCCAUACUGCAGAAGACCACCGGCAUCUUCACUGAGAUAGAGAAGAAGGGUCUGCUGAUAGCCUGUCUGUGUCAUGAUCUGGACCAUCGAGGAUACAGUAACACCUACCUGCAGAAGUUUGACCAUCCUCUAGCUGCCCUGUACAGCACAUCUACAAUGGAGCAGCACCACUUCUCCCAGACUGUAUCCAUCCUCCAGCUGGAAGGGCACAAUAUUUUCUCCAACCUGACUUCCAGUGAGUACGAGCAGGUGUUAGAGGUCAUCCACAAGGCCAUAAUCGCUACAGAUCUGGCGCUCUACUUCGGCAACCGCAAACAGCUAGCUGAGCUACUGAGCACUGGAGCACUGGACCUGGACAACCACCAACACAGGGACCGUGUGAUUGGUCUGAUGAUGACAGCAUGUGACCUGUGUUCCGUUACCAAGCUGUGGUCAAUCACGCGACUCACAGCCAAUGAUAUCUACGCUGAGUUCUGGGCUGAGGGGGAUGAGAUGAAGAAGAUAGGUAUACAGCCCAUCCCUAUGAUGGACAGAGAUAAGAAGGAAGAGGUUCCUCAGGGGCAGGUGGGGUUCUACAAUGCUGUUGCACUCCCAUGUUACACCACCUUAUCUGAGCUCUUCCCCCCUUCUGGCCCUCUUCUACAAGCCUGCAAGGAGAACCUUGGCCAGUGGGAGAAGAUAGUGAAUGGAGAGGAGGAGGACAGUGGAGUGAGAGGAGUGUGGGCUCCGUCAGAGCCUGUUGACCCCAGGAUAGAUCCUGUUGACCCCAGGGCAGAGCCUGUUGACCCCAGGGCAGAGCCUGUUGACCCCAGGAUAGAGCCUGUUGACCCCAGGAUAGAUCCUGUUGACCCCAGGGCAGAGCCCGUUGACCCCAGGGCAGAGCCUGUUGACCCCAGGGCAGAGCCUGUUGACCCCAGGGUAGAGCCCGUUGACCCCAGGGCAGAGCCUGUUGACCCCAGGAUAGAUCCUGUUGACCCCAGGGCAGAGCCCGUUGACCCCAGGGCAGAGCCUGUUGACCCCAGGGCAGAGCCUGUUGACCCCAGGGUAGAGCCCGUUGACCCCAGGGCAGAGCCUGUUGACCCCAGGAUAGAUCCUGUUGACCCCAGGGCAGAGCCCGUUGACCCCAGGGCAGAGCCUGUUGACCCCAGGGUAGAGCCUGUUGACCCCAGGGCAGAGUCCGUUGACCCCAGGGCAGAGCCUGUUGACCCCAGGGUAGAGCCUGUUGACCCCAUUGUAGAGCCUGUUGACCCCAUUGUAGAGCCUGUUGACCCCAGGAUAGAGCCUGUUGACCCCAUUGUAGAGCCUGUUGACCCCAUUGUAGAGCCCAGCAUGGAGGAACCAUCUAACUCUGACUCAGGCCCUGUAAAGGUGGACAACUGACUAGUAGU